AAAGUAUGCGAAUGGAGUCAGUGGUUUGAUGUCAGCAAGCCAGGAGAUGACUCGGACAGUGGCGAAUAUGAAACCUAUGAUGAAAUAAAAAAACAUUACAAACUCUGCCGGGUGCCUGAGCAAAUUCAGUGCAGGGCAGUUAAUGCCCCUGAUGUCUCCUUGGAGGAUUUGAAGCAGAAUGUUCACUGCAAUGUAUCUAAUGGUCUUAUCUGCAAGAAUAGUGAGCAAAAGCCAGAUGACAACCUUUGGCAGAAGUGCUACAACUUUGAAAUCCGAGUGGAGUGCUGUGACCAUGAAUGUGUCAAAACCACGGCUCCAACUACUACAAAGCCUACUACCACAACUCCAGCUACAACUAUUACUACAGCAACUUCAACCAUCACAACUCCUGCUACACCUGAAGCUACAACUCCAGUCACCACCCCUCAUACUGUUACAACUCCUACUACCACAACUUCAGCCAUCACAACUCCUGCUACAACUAAACCUCCAGUCACCACCCCUCAUACUGAUACAACUCCUAUUACCGCAACUUCCACAGCUACAACAACUACUUCUGCCUCAACUCAUAGCUCUGCAAUUCCUGAUACCACACCUACCGCUACCACAAUUUCUACUACCAUCUCUUCGACUGCCACAACUCAAAUAAACACAACUCCUUCUCCUACAACUUCUCCCAUUAUAAGUCAUACCACAACACCAGUCACCGCAGGUUCUGUCACUACACAUUCUAUAAGCACAUCUCCACACACCUCGGUUUCUAUUACUUCUUCAUCUCCUAUCAUCACUUCUACUGCUACCACAACUCUCACAUCUUCAACUCCAACUACAUCCUCUCCUACAACAGAAACUCCAAAGACUACAACUCCAACAAUGGCAGUCAGCACAUCUUCCACUAAAACUACUACAUUUAUUUCUUCUACACCUCAUACAUCCACUCCUCCAAUUGUUACAUCUCCAGCGGCCUCAACUGAAACAAAAACUACAGCAGAAGUUACCAGCACACAAGAAACAUCAACAUCAGGAAAGAUAACUACUAUAGAAAAAUCAACUACAAAAGUUACCAGCACACCAGAAACAUCAACUACAGGAAAGACAACUACUAUAGAAGAAUCAACUACAACACCCGACAUCAAUAUUGGUACACUUACAAGUUCUACAAGUCCAAAUCCACCUACUGCACCACAAGUUAACCCUACUUCAUCAACUAUUGCUAUCCAGAGCACCACAUCAAGAGGCACUGAACCCUCAACAGUUACCACUGCAUCUCUUACUACCAGCAGUGCUACAACACCUCAUACAUCAGUUGCAUCUACACCAACCCCAGCCACUGAAACUACAACAACCUCUGCUACUAUUACUGCUACAUCAACUGCUUCUACUGGCAAAACACCAGAUACUACUACACCACACACAGCACCUAUUAUAACUACUGGCGAAAUUACAACAAUUGUCACACCUACAACAUCUGCACUAAGCACAACCGCAGGUGUAACAGCUACCACAAGUUCUAUUGCUACACAUAAAACAACAGAAAUACAAACACCUACUGAAUCUAUACCAGACACAACCACCAAAGGAGCUGCCCCCACCACAACUGCAUCUCUUACUACCAGCAGUGCUACAACGCCACAUACAUCUAUUGCAUCGUCACCAACACCAGCCACUGAACUAACAACAACAACCUCUGCUACUAGUAUUGCUACAUCAACUGCUUCUACCGGCAAAACACCAGAUACUACUACACCACACACAGAACCUAUUAGAACUACUGGUGAAAUUACAACAGGUGUCCCACCUACAACAUCUGCACUAAGCACAACCGCAGGUGUAACAGCUACCACAAGUUCUAUUGCUACACAUAAAACAACAGAAAUACAAACACCUACUGAAUCUAUACCAGACACAACCACCAAAGGAGCUGCCCCCACCACAACUGCAUCUCUUACUACCAGCAGUGCUACAACACCUCCUACAUCAGUUGCAUUGACACCAACACCAGCCACUGAACUUACAACAACCUCUGCUACUAUUACUGCUACAUCAACUGCUUCUACUGGCAAAACACCAGAUACUACUACACCACACACAGAACCUAUUAGAACUACUGGUGAAAUUACAACAGUUGUCCCACCUACAACAUCUGCACUAAGCAAAACAACAGGUGUAACAUCUACCACAAGUUCUAUUGCUACACAUAAAACAACAGAAAUACAAACACCUACUGAAUCUAUACCAGACACAACCACCAAAGGAGCUGCCCCCACCACAACUGCAUCUCUUACUACCAGCAGUGCUACAACACCUCAUACAUCAGUUGCAUGGACACCAACACCAGCCACUGAACUUACAACAACCUCUGCUACUAGUACUGCUACAUCAACUGCUUCUACUGGCAAAACACCAGAUACUACUACAUCACACACAGAACCUAUUAUAACUACUGGUGAAAUUACAACAGUUGUCCCACCUACAACAUCUGCACUAAGCAAAACAACAGGUAUAACAUCUACCACAAGUUCUACUGCUACACAUAAAACAACAGAAAUACAAACACCUACUGAAUCUAUACCAGACACAACCACCAAAGGAGCUGCCCCCACCACAACUGCAUCUCUUACUACCAGCAGUGCUACAACACCUCAUACAUCAGUUGCAUCAACACCAACACCAGCCACUGAAACUACUACAACCUCUGCUACUAUUACUGCUACAUCAACUGCUUCUACUGGCAAAACACCAGAUACUACUAUACCACACACAGAACCUAUUAUAACUACAGGUGAAAUUACAACAAUUGUCCCACCUACAACAUCUGCACUAAGCAAAACAACAGGUGUAACAGCUACCACAAGUUCUAUUGCUACACAUAAAACAACAGAAAUACAAACACCUACUGAAUCUAUACCAGACACAACCACCAAAGAAGCUGCCCCCACCACAACUGCAUCUCUUACUACCAGCAGUGCUACAACGCCACAUACAUCUAUUGCAUCGACACCAACACCAGCCCCUGAACUAACAACAACAACCUCUGCUACUAGUAUUGCUACAUCAACUGCUUCUACCGGCAAAACACCAGAUACUACUGCACCACACACAGAACCUAUUAGAACUACUGGUGAAACAACAAUUGUCACACCUACAACAUCUACACUAAGCAAAACAACAGGUGUAAUAGCUACCACAAGUUCUAUUGCUACACAUAAAACAACAGAAAUACAAACACCUACUGAAUCUAUACCAGACACAACCACCAAAGGAGCUGCCCCCACCACAACUGCAUCUCUUACUACCAGCAGUGCUACAACACCACAUACAUCUAUUGCAUCGUCACCAACACCAGCCCCUGAACUAACAACAACAUCUGCUACUAUUACUGCUACAUUAACUGCUUCUACCGGCAAAACACCAGAUACUACUGCACCACACACAGAACCUAUUAGAACUACUGGUGAAACAACAAUUGUCACACCUACAACAUCUACACUAAGCAAAACAACAGGUGUAACAGCUACCACAAGUUCUAUUGCUACACAUAAAACAACAGAAAUACAAACACCUACUGAAUCUAUACCAGACACAACCACCAAAGGAGCUGCCCCCACCACAACUGCAUCUCUUACUACCAGCAGUGCUACAACACCUCAUACAUCAGUUGCAUCUACACCAACCCCAGCCACUGAAACUACUACAACCUCUGCUACUAUUACUGAUACAUCAACUGCUUCUACCGGCAAAACACCAGAUACUACUACACCACACACAGAACCUAUUAUAACUACUGGUGAAACAACGAUUGUCACACCUACAACAUCUGCACUAAGCAAAACAACAGGUGUAACAGCUACCACAAGUUCUAUUGCUACACAUAAAACAACAGAAAUACAAACACCUACUGAAUCUAUACCAGACACAACCACCAAAGGAGCUGCCCCCACCACAACUGCAUCUCUUACUACCAGCAGUGCUACAACACCUCCUACAUCAGUUGCAUUGACACCAACACCAGCCACUGAACUUACAACAACCUCUGCUACUAUUACUGCUACAUCAACUGCUUCUACUGGCAAAACACCAGAUACUACUACACCACACACAGAACCUAUUAUAACUACUGGUGAAAUUACAACAGUUGUCCCACCUACAACAUCUGCACUAAGCAAAACAACAGGUGUAACAGCUACCACAAGUUCUAUUGCUACACAUAAAACAACAGAAAUACAAACACCUACUGAAUCUAUACCAGACACAACCACCAAAGGAGCUGCCCCCACCACAACGGCAUCUCUUACUACCAGCAGUGCUACAACACCUCAUACAUCAGUUGCAUCUACACCAACCCCAGCCACUGAAACUACUACAACCUCUGCUACUAUUACUGAUACAUCAACUGCUUCUACCGGCAAAACACCAGAUACUACUAUACCACACACAGAACCUAUUAGAACUACUGGUGAAACAACGAUUGUCCCACCUACAACAUCUGCACUAAGCAAAACAACAGGUGUAACAGCUACCACAAAUUCUAUUGCUACACAUAAAACAACAGAAAUACAAACACCUACUGAAUCUAUACCAGACACAACCACCAAAGGAGCUGCCCCCACCACAACUGCAUCUGUUACUACCAGCAGUGCUACCACACCACAUACAUCUAUUGCAUCAACACCAACACCAGCCACUGAACUUACAACAACCUCUGCUACUAUUACUGCUACAUCAACUGCUUCUACUGGCAAAACACCAGAUACUACUAUACCACACACAGAACCUAUUAGAACUACUGGUGAAACAACGAUUGUCACACCUACAACAUCUGCACUAAGCAAAACAACAGGUGUAACAGCUACCACAAGUUCUAUUGCUACACAUAAAACAACAGAAAUACAAACACCUACUGAAUCUAUACCAGACACAACCACCAAAGGAGCUGCCCCCACCACAACUGCAUCUCUUACUACCAGCAGUGCUACAACACCUCAUACAUCAGUUGCAUCGACACCAACACCAGCCACUGAACUUACAACAACCUCUGCUACUAUUACUGAUACAUCAACUGCUUCUACUGGCAAAACACCAGAUACUACUACACCACACACAGAACCUAUUAUAACUACUGGUGAAAUUACAACAGUUGUCCCACCUACAACAUCUGCACUAAGCAAAACAACAGGUGUAACAGCUACCACAAGUUCUAUUGCUACACAUAAAACAACAGAAAUACAAACACCUACUGAAUCAAUACCAGACACAACCACCAAAGGAGCUGCCCCCACCACAACUGCAUCUCUUACUACCAGCAGUGCUACAACACCUCAUACAUCAGUUGCAUCUACACCAACCCCAGCCACUGAAACUACUACAACCUCUGCUACUAUUACUGAUACAUCAACUGCUUCUACCGGCAAAACACCAGAUACUACUAUACCACACACAGAACCUAUUAUAACUACUGGUGAAACAACGAUUGUCACACCUACAACAUCUGCACUAAGCAAAACAACAGGUGUAACAGCUACCACAAGUUCUAUUGCUACACAUAAAACAACAGAAAUACAAACACCUACUGAAUCUAUACCAGACACAACCACCAAAGGAGCUGCCCCCACCACAACUGCAUCUCUUACUACCAGCAGUGCUACAACACCUCAUACAUCAGUUGCAUCGACACCAACACCAGCCACUGAACUUACAACAACCUCUGCUACUAUUACUGCUACAUCAACUGCUUCUACUGGCAAAACACCAGAUACUACUACACCACACACCGAACCUAUUAUAACUACUGGUGAAAUUACAACAGUUAUCCCACCUACAACAUCUGCACUAAGCAAAACAACAGGUGUAACAGCUACCACAAGUUCUACUGCUACACAUAAAACAACAGAAAUACAAACACCUACUGAAUCUAUACCAGACACAACCACCAAAGGAGCUGCCCCCGCCACAACUGCAUCUCUUACUACCAGCAGUGCUACAACACCACAUGCAUCUAUUGCAUCAACACCAACACCAGCCACUGAAACUACAACAACCUCUGCUACUAUUACUGCUACAUCAACUGCUUCUACUGGCAAAACACCAGAUACUACUACACCACACACAGAACCUAUUAGAACUACUGGUGAAAUUACAACAGGUGUCCCACCUACAACAUCUGCACUAAGCAAAACAACAGGUGUAACAUCUACUGCAAGUUCUACUGCUACACAUAAAACAACAGAAAUACAAACACCUACUGAAUCUAUACCAGACACAACCACCAAAGGAGCUGCCCCCACCACAACUGCAUCUCUUACUACCAGCAGUGCUACAACACCACAUGCAUCUAUUGCAUCGACACCAACACCAGCCCCUGAACUAACAACAACCUCUGCUACUAUUACUGCUACAUCAACUGCUUCUACUGGCAAAACACCAGAUACUACUACAUCACACACAGAACCUAUUAUAACUACUGGUGAAAUUACAACAGUUGUCCCACCUACAACAUCUGCACUAAGCAAAACAACAGGUGUAAUAUCUACUGCAAGUUCAACUGCUACACAUAAAACAACAGAAAUACAAACACCUACUGAAUCUAUACCAGACACAACCACCAAAGAAGCUGCCCCCACCACAACUGCAUCUCUUACUACCAGCAGUGCUACAGCACCUCAUACAUCCGUUGCAUCUACACCAACCCCAGCCACUGAAACUACAACAACCUCUGCUACUAUUACUGAUACAUCAACUGCUUCUACCGGCAAAACACCAGAUACUACUACACCACACACAGAACCUAUUAUAACUACUGGUGAAACAACGAUUGUCACACCUACAACAUCUGCACUAAGCAAAACAACAGGUGUAACAGCUACCACAAGUUCUAUUGCUACACAUAAAACAACAGAAAUACAAACACCUACUGAAUCUAUACCAGACACAACCACCAAAGGAGCUGUUACCAGCACAACUACAUCAACAACCUCUGGAGAAACGUCAGCUACUACUGCAGCACAUACUACACCUCCUCCUUCUAAUGAAGAAACUACAAUAAUUUCCACACAUACAACAUCUGUAGUAAUCACAACAACAGGUGUUACAGCUACUACAAGUCCUACCGCUGAAAGUAAAACUACAGAAACACACAUAUCUACUGAAUCUAUACCAACCUCAACCACAAUAGGCACUGCUACAAGCACAUUGACAUCUACACCAUUCAUAUCCACUGAAGCUGCUACUCCCACCGCAUCCCAUUAUACUGCAUCCACACAUUCCUCUGCUACAACUGUAACCCAGAUUACUACAUCUGGAACAACUACGCAUACAUCUCCAGAAUUUUCGACAGGUGAAGUUACUACUCCAGUAAAGGCAACAACAGCUGAACCUACUACAAAGAAUACUGCCCCUUCAACUAUAACAGAAGAGUUUACCACAAUUGUUACAACAACUGGCCCUACAGUGACACACGAGCCACCAUCUACAACAAGGAGUGAGACAUCACCAGUUACAACUUCUAUUACCACAAUUCCUGUCACACAUAAUACUCAGGACACCACUAUCACUUCCUCUACAAUGUGUGUAUGUGUAUACAAUGGGACAUCUUAUACACCAGGUGAGAUAACCAGCGGUGUAACUGAUGACACUUGCUACAAAGUCGUCUGUGAUCCAGAAUGCAAGACUCAAGUGCAGCAUUGGCCUUGUUCAACAACACCUCCGACAAGUAGUCCAAACACAUCACUUACUAGUAUUCAAACUCCACCUUCAACACAGUCAACAGCCACUACAACACCAUCAACUACUCCAAGACAAAGCACAACCACCAUUACUAAAAUCACAACUUCAACAACUGAAGUUGAGACACCUACUACUGGAUGCAUACUUGAUCGACAUUAUAAAGAAAAUGAAGUCUGGUCAUUGUGUAACUGCACCAAGGCCCGGUGUUUAGAAAACAACGCAAUUGAGAUCACGCACAUCCCGUGUCAACCACCUUCUAAGAUCACGUGUGCCAACGGACGCCCACCAGUACCUGUUCCAGAUGAAGACUUAUGCUGCUGGCACUGGGAGUGUGAAUGUGUUUGUUCAGGAUGGGGUGAUCAUUAUAGCACCUUUGAUGGGACAUAUUACAAUUUUCAAGGCAACUGCACAUAUGCUUUGGUGGAGGAGAUAGAAAAGAAGACAGAUAAUUUCGGUAUUUAUGUUGAUAACUUUGACUGUGGAUCAACAGAUCGUGUCUCCUGUAGUCGUAAUGUUAUCAUCCGAUAUGAAACUCAGGAAAUCCAAAUGAAAAAGAAGAGCUUGCCACAUACCAAUGUCCAGGUUGCUAUAAAUGGUGAAGUUGUUGGUGUGCCCUAUAAGAAAUACGGAGUAAACAUUUAUAAAGUUGGUAUUAAUCAUAUUGUGGAAAUUCCUGAGUUGAAGACUAAUGUCACUUUCAAUGGGGAGGAUUUCUCUGUGAAAGUACCAUCUAAUGUUUUCACAAAAAACACACAGGGACAGUGCGGUACUUGCAGUAAUGACCAAACAGAUGACUGCAGAACAAGCAGUGGAGAGAUUGUUUCAAGCUGCGCAGCUAUGGCUGACACAUGGAUUGUGCAUGACUCAAAUAAACCCACAUGUGAUCAGCAUAAGCCUACACGACCCCCUCCAACCACUGAGCCCUCUGUUGUUUGCCCUUCAUCACCAAUGUGUGACCUCAUGAUGGGACCAAUUUUCCAGAAAUGCCAUGAGAUAGUCCCACCAAAUGAUUACUACAAGGCCUGUGUUUCUGAUAGCUGCCAUGGCGCCAGCUCCAACAUGCCAUGCAACAGUUUGCAGCACUAUGCUCUACUCUGCGGAGAUCAUGGAAUUUGUAUUGACUGGAGAAGUCAAGCUUCUGAAUGUCCCAUGAAGUGUCCAUCUCACCAAGUCUACAAUGCCUGUGGUUCAGCUGUUCCGAGAACUUGCCAGUCCACUCCAGAGGAACAAUCAAUAAUGGAGAGUGAUAAACGUGUGACUGAAGGGUGUUUCUGCCCUGUGGGUACAAUGCCAUUCAGCCCUGCAUUGGAUGUUUGUGUAUCUACCUGUGGAUGUGUUGGACCUGACAGGAUACCACGGGAGUUUGGAGAAGAGUUCCAGUCUGACUGCCAGCAAUGUGUUUGUAGAGAAGGUGGUAGCAGCAUCACUUGCCAGAAACGCCAAUGUUCCAAAGUCAAACCCAUCAAGUGUGAUCUGGAAGGUUUCUAUGCUGAUGUUCAGAUCAAUCAUUUGGACCCCUGCUGCAAUGAAUCCGUGUGCAAAUGUGAUCCCAAAAAAUGCUCAACGAAUCCUCCUAUCUGUGACCUUGGCUAUGAAGCUAUUGGUGACAUACCAGAGGGACACUGCUGUACUGUAUAUACUUGUGUGAGGAAGAAGGUCUGUGUGCGUGAACAGGCAGAAUACUUGCCUGGAGCUCCAGUGUACUCUGAUAAGUGCCAGAACUGUGUGUGCUCAGAAAAUGCCAGUACCCCUGCAGGGAUAGAGAUACAAUGUACACCUGUGCAGUGCAAUAUACAGUGUUCGGUGGGCUUUGAGCUAAAGCAGAGCACCAAUGAUUGCUGUGGAGUGUGUGAACAGACGCAUUGUGUCCACAGUCAGGAUGGACUUGACCAGCUGAUUAAACCUGGAGAAAACAAAUGGUCAGAGGAUAACUGUACAAUGCACAGCUGCACUAUGAUAAAGGACCAGUUCAUCACAUCCAUCUCAAGCAUUUCCUGUCCAGCUUUUAAUGAAGAAAACUGCGAACCUGGAACAAUUGAAGUUCUACCCAAUGGCUGCUGUAAAAUAUGUAUUGAGAAGAGUACAGGAUGCAAGGCUUAUCAAGACUAUGACUAUUUGUAUGACAAUAAUUGUCAAUCCAGAGAAAAGGUGAAGAUAGCUCGGUGUGAUGGAUUAUGUGAAACUUUGUCUAUAUAUUCUGCGGCUGCUAGAUCAAUGUCACACACAUGUUCCUGCUGCCAGGAGGUAAAGACCAGCAAAAAGAAAGUGAUGAUGCAGUGUGCUGAUGGAAGUCAAGUGGAACAUGAGUACAUUGAUGUGGAGGAAUGUAAAUGUGUCAGCACUGACUGCAUGGCAGCUCAGUCAUCUACCAAAGUCUGACGUUCCCUAAAGUAAAAAAAGAGAAGUUUACAUUUGCAUUAGGACAGACCCUCCUACAGGGAUUGAAGAAACUUACUGCAAACUAACUUUGAAAUGCAACUGUUAUACGUGUUUUCAUUCUUUACCCUUUUCCACUUGAAAAAAUAUAAAUAAAGCAAUUUUUAUCCUA